UUAAAUGAAAGCCGUUUCAGUGUUUAUUGUAACACUGUAGCUAAACAAACAGUUUGAAAACCUGAAGACAAAGAUUAUUUUGCUUCUUCAUAACGCACGUUUUUUGUAAAUUCCCAAGAUGUGAGACCACACGUGCGAACGUUUGUAACAAUUUUAAACAACCCAGAAUUUGUCACUGAAAAUUAUAAGUUAAAUUUGCAAUACCAAUGUUCUCAUCCAGCAAUAAUUGUCUUAUUUAUUGACGGGUAUGAAAACGAAGACAAAAUAUUUCGCAAUGAGACAAACCCCCUCAUUGCAAAUCCACCACAAACUUUGUUUCAACAUGUCUGGACAUGCCUCUAUUCAGUUGACGCAAAGCAGAUCACUGUGCGGUUAAAUUUACCAAGGAAAUUUGUUUACAAACCAAAUUUUCUUACCCCAGUUUCUACGUUAGAAGAGAUGAAGUUAAAGGUCUGCAUUAUUGAAGUAAAAACAUGGGAGCAACACAACCAACUGAAUCCACACAUCAAUUAUCAAGCUUUAUUCGGAAGUUCCAAGAUUAAACUACAACUCCCAAUGAAAACCCUCCCACCACUGGACAGAAAAAGAUCAGUUUGUAAAUGCUGUCUCUCAUGGCCUGCUACUGUAUUAAAUAAAGUUUGGCAGAAAAGUUUAGGAAAAUCUAUGCCUGAAGAUGAAUGUACAGACAUUGUAAAGCACCCAAUGCUUGCAAACGAUGAACCGUAUGGAGUCAUUAAAACAUACAGUGAGUUUCACAAAAAUGAGUUGAGAAAACAACAAAGAAAUACUUAUACUAGAUUUACUUUUACGACUGUAAUGUACUUACAAAAGUGGUGUGACCAGGAUACGCUUUGUGGGAUAUUGCAACAUGUUAACGGGGUGGAAUUGCUUGAUACACCUGUAGUGUUACUCAAUUCUAAAGGUCAGCUCCACGUACAGGUAAAACUGGAUGAUGAAAAGUCAUAUGCUUAUGUGUCAGAAUGGACUGUUCCUAUCAAUGAAUGGGUGAAACUGGAAAUGCGACAGUUUAAUGCUUUGACAAAUAUUACGCUGUUUCAUGGACCAAACUUUUCAAGAUCUUCAGUUUUUGUCUCAGUAUUCCACAAACCUGUUUCAUUCAGAGCCACAAACGGUCACUUCAUAGUCGGUGGAAGCAUGUUAUGUAAAAGUAUAAGUGGCGUCAUUGCUUCAGCAAAGUUUUGUAGAAACAAAGGGGCAUCUGUUGCUGAUAAGACUAUAACAUCUUGGAAAAAUGAGGCAUUUCCAUUUGUUGAAACUGAUCGUUAUAAGACACAACAAGUUCUUAUUCGUAAACUGAUCAUGAAAUCGUGGAGAAAGCGACACAACUCUGAAAAAAAAGUCUGUAGAUCUGCAUUUAUUGAGAUGAUUCAAAACAACACAAGAUCUGAUAUGUGUACCACAUGUAGUAAUGUAACUGAUACCAAAUUCUCACUAUUUGAUGGAGUAAUCAACAGCCUUUCAAAUUCUGACAUAACAACAAAAGAAUCAAUUUUUACCGGUGUUGCGGAAUAUUUGUACAAAACGUUUUUGACAACUAUUGAAAAUUCAGGCACGCUUAGUUCUGUUCAUGAAAAUAUUAAGUUUCUAUCAUAUGCUGNNAAGCUUGGACAUGGGCCUUCUCAAUAUCUACUGUAUGUGGUUUUUAAAAAUGGUGUUGGUGUUACAACAGAUGUUAAAAAGGCUCGAAAAUACUUAGUACGUUGUAUACCAUCUGGGAACAGAAUGUGUCUCAAAGCAAUGGGGUACAACUACCUGAAUGGUGGUUCUGGAUUUCCCAAAGAUAUAACUCUUGCAUCAUAUUAUUAUUUCAAUGUUGGUCAUCAAACACAACAAGAUUUGAUGGAGCAUUCCCAGCAUUUGGCUUCAGUGAACAAUGUUCGUUUAACCGACACCUUAGCCAUGAAGGAACAACUUUCAGAAGAAGAUGAUUUAUUUUAUUGGAUCAAACAUCAAGCAACAAAGGGUGUUUUUACUGCACAGGUAUUUAUACUAGAAGCAUUAAAAUGGAAUGGAUGUCACUUUUUAUUCUAUAGUGUAUACUUGCUUACAUGUUAUCAUGUAUGUAACUGUGAUUUUGUAUUGAUGACACUUCACCAGUCAUUAGUGACUGGUGGUAGGUUAGAGCAAUUGUGGUUGUCUGCCCACGAACGCGCACGUACAUAAUUGUAGCAACUUGAACCCAGUAUUAC